AGGUGGCUUUCUUUUAGCUGAUAGCCAUUGAUAAGAACACUUUUAAGUAAAACUUGUGCUUGAAAAGCAGAAAGUUAAAAAGAAAAAAAAACAUCUAAUAACAUUAUUCUGCUGUUGAUGAGAUGCUGAUAUACUUCUAAAAAAUUUGUUUACAAAACUUAAAUUUUUCUCUAAGAUAGAAAAAUAAUUUUCAAUAUAUCAAAUAAUCAUUACUGGUGGGUCUUUAGCAUUCAUAUCACCCAAGGAUAACAAUAGAUGCAAUGAUCAGGUUAGGCAGGAGCUUAACAGAUUAGGAAAUUCUAUCAACGACAUUGGAGCUGUGAUAGCUACCUUCCAACCUCAAAGGGCUGCAAUGAAGACCAAAAGUUUUGUUUGGUGGAUGGAUGAUCCUUGGGCUGCACUUGUUGCAUUGGCUGCAAUCAUUAUUUUGCUCUGCCUAAUAGGAAUCAUUGUUGUGUUAUUUACAUGGUCAAGGUAUACUAAAUAUUUGAACCAAUAUCGAAUACAUCAUCUGGCAAGUGAACCAACAGAUUUUGUGGAACCACCAAACUUCUUAAAAGAUUUUGAAACACAAUCACUAAAUAUGUAUGUGCCACCUGAUGAAGCCGAGCGGGACCUUGGUGAAAUCAACAUGACAUUUGAAGGGGACACACUGCGACGGGUGGAACAUCAAGGUGCAGAUCCUGGUGUUGCCUCAGCUGUAAAUCCAUUAUUUAACAACCAACCUCAAGAUACGCAGCAGAAAACUGGCAUUAAAGAGACCACGACUAUACUUUAAUUGCUCAUUCUCUUUAAGGACAUUAUAUCAAAAAUGUUAAAACUUAAGAAUUAUUUUUUUUUUUUGCCUCUAAUCACAAUAUUAUAACAAUUAACCUAAGUAAGAGCUAAAGUAAUCAUAUUUAUAUACAAGGCUUUCCUAAUGUUUUAUAAUCAACAUGGCUUGAAUUCCACAAAAUGUUUAUAUAUUUUUUAUUUAUAUUUCUCUUUUGAUAAAAAAAUUAUUAUGCAUAACUGAAUAAUACAACUCAAUUUUAGAAAUGGACUAAAUUAGAAAUAAAUUAGGAAUACUAACAUUUAUUAAUGUAUCGAAUAAUCAUGAGUGAAAAUAACAAAUUUUAAUUUAAAAGAAAGAAAAAGUUUCAUAUGGUUACAACAACAUUAAAUAAUAAAAGCUAUCAUUUUUUAAAUUAAAAAAAAAUUUUAAGCUAUCUUAAAAGUAGCUCAAAUUUAAAAACAAAAAUCAAAUUUUGAUGCACUAUGACUCUCGCAGGAUAUUGGUCAGUCUUAAAUAUUUUAAUCUUUCAACACUCUUUAUAAGUAAGACUGCAGGUUGAUGUCACACCUGACAGUGGAGUACUCAGCAAUGUAUUUCGCCAUUUCUCAGUGGAAAUGAAAGAACACUCUAAAUGUUGUUGUAAGUUAAUCUUUCUGAGAUUGACUGCUUAGUAACACUCAUGGAAACAAAUCCCAAAUUCUACAAACUAGUAACACAUUCAUGAUUCUGUUAACUGUUUCAAAAAUUCUGUGCUUCCACUAUUUUUAUAUCUUAUUACAUAGAUUUACUUUUCUAAAGUUAUGUAUAAUUAUUUUAAAAUUCAAGUUGUGAUAAUAAUUGCAAAUAAACAAAAAAAAAAAGUAAUAUAUUUUUUAAAAGU